AUGAAUCCGCCAGACGAUACAGAUGAUGUCGCGGUGGGAUGUCUUCCCCGCGAGGCAGUCGGCCAUGAGCCUGCUGCGGACGAUGAUGAUGUAGGCGUGCCUGCCGCAGACAGUGCGGCCGGGGGGCCGCGUGCCCAGAGCCGCCGUCGCAAUAUUGCACGUUCUGGGUAUUUCGGGGCUUGGUUGGUUGGUUGCCCGGAGUCGCGUUCGCCAUGCUUGCAUCGGUUCGUUAUCGGUGUAGCUGAAUGCCAGUGGGAAGUGAAGUUUGCAUCUGAGGCAGCUGCAACCGCGACAACCAAUGCAGCCCCGUGGGGUACUUUAGAGUACGUGUUGGUUCGAGUUUGGCGUUUAUCAGAACAUGGGCAGAUUGACGGCACUAUGGGUUUACAGGGGCCCCUUGCUUCCAGACGCUUGCAGGACAUGUUCAAGUCUUAUCGAUGUCUUGGGGAUGGAUUGUUGAUUGAGCAGGUGCUUCGUGAAUUGUUUUUUCGCGUCGAUGCUUCCGUAUUGAUGGAUAUGGAUCGUCUUCUGUACCUUUGCCGUGGAGAGUUUCCCGCUCGUGCUUAUUCUAUUUCUCUUGGGCGCCGUUUGCCUUCGAACUUGAUUGAACACCCGCCGAUGUCUCUGUUGAGGCGGCUUCGCGAGCAGCGUCGCGCCGACCAUCCCGCGCAGCCAAUGAUCCCAGUUCCUUCCGCCAUUACGGGGUUCACUGAGGAAGGAUAUGCCGACUUGGUGGUGCAGCUACCAGCACGUGCUGCUUCGACCGUUGGUACUAAGCGUGGCGUUGUUUCGCGUGGUGCCAAGCAGUGUGACAUCGAUCCAAUUCGUAUCCUGAGCGGCUUGCAGUUUAAGCAGUUCCUUCGUUCGACAAGGGAUUUCUCAGACGCGUUGGAUGCGGGUCAUGCGUUUGAUCACCCUGACAGUCUUACACCGCGCAGUUCCGCCGACGAUCCAAGUCGAUCCACUUGGGAUCGAGCGCCCCAACGUUUGGAUGUAGUUGGCAUGUUAUUGCAACGUCGGCAAUUUCAUGCAGAACGGAAAUUUGAUAUGAUCCGGUCUAUACAUCUAUACAGCGAUUCCUCUCCUGUGACAUCGGAGGAGCUGCAAGGCAUGAUAAUGGACGUCGUGCGAAAAGAUGGCGGCAUUCGCCGGUCGGUUCUCCCUGGUAGCACGUUGGCAUACGGGCAAACUUCAGCAAUAGCCAAAGGCAUUGCUUUGUUAUGGGCAUUGUUUCUUGUAUGUGGCCCUGACUAUGCUGACAUAUCGUAUGCAAUUGGCAAAGUUCGGGGUUUGUGCACGGAUUUUGGGACAGAGGUGCACAUUAUCGAAAUUCCAGAUUGCUUGGGGGCGUUUCUUUCUUGGACGGCCGGCGCCGCCUUGACGGCGUGCGCCCCUUUGGUGCGCCAUGGUGCUCUUCUGUUCCACAAUGCAAUUCGCGUAUCGGGAUGGUGCCAUUCAUGGGGUAAUCUGAUGAAGCAUGUCGCGGGUGCUUACUCCGACUGGCCGCUCGUCCUGGAUCAGAUGCGUGCCCUGGUAUUUUUCUGGCGCAACAAAACGUGGAGGCAACAUUUGAAGAAAAUCUGUAUGAGCAGAGGUGUCAAUCUCGAUUUAUUCGACCACUUCCCCGCCAGCAUUGCCAAAUGGCGGUGCGAGACGAUCCCCGUCGUGAUGCGGGAGCUUUUGGGUCGCCGUUACAUCUGCGAGCACUGCGUAGAUUUGGCUCUUUUCCCAGAUGCCCAAGACAGGCAGCAACUCCAAACAGUAGUGGCAGCUUGUCGAGACAAAAAGCUGUGGCAAUUCAUGCAGUGUGCUUAUCGGUAUAUUUUCUCUCAUUGCGAGCGGUACCGGCACUGGGGGAUGACGUGUUCGUGCCCCGAUCACGUAGCACAGCGCCAAGCGGCAGGCCACCCAAUCCAUAUACAGUGCAUGUGGAACAGCCGCAAACUGAAACAUGCUUGGCCGUUCCUGCGGGACCAGAAGGACACGCUGCUCCGAACGAGGCGCGCUUUGGACCGGGAGGACACAGAAGACAGCGACGAGAUGUUCGCCUUGACGGGGGCCAUGCUUCUGAAGCUGACCACGGGCAUCGACUCCCGCUUUAAAUAUUUAUCGAAAUUGCCCUGGGCCUUCGCACGGGCUGACUCGGUUGAGGGCGCGCUCGAAGUCAUGAGGCAGUUCAGGGCACGACCGCCGGAACAGCACGACCACGCGACAAAGGCGAUCAUGAAUAGAGUGGGCGGAGACAUCGAUCGCCGAUCCAGGGGGGAACCCGCGUCCGACAACUUGUUGGAUGAAGCCAGGGCUAUUUGUGAUAUCCCAUUGGACGAGUCGUGCGGAGAAGGCUAUCAUCGUUCAACCCACCACGAGAAGACCAGGGCCCCUUCUUCUACCUCGCAACACUUGAAGCAGGCCACGCGUUUCCGUCAGAACUUGCAACGCGUUCGUGCUUUCGCGAGGAAGUAUGGGCGGCGCGGGGAAGACGUGGUCCGCCACGAGUGGCGCAAUUGGAAACGUAUUCUCAGGACUUCGACGAGACGUCGCUGGGUCGGCGUAAGGAUGGAGGGGCCGCGUGUUCUGGACCGCGUGUGCAGGCAGGACGAGCGCGCUGAGGACGAUUGGUGCCUGGUUCUCAGGCGAUCCCCCUUUGUGAACCAGGCAGAGCCUGACCCCGUGCCCGGCAGGGAUGCGCUUCGCAAUGAGUAUUUGGACGCCGUGCUGAAACCGGGCGCGCAUUAUUCCGCGUCGUUCCCCUCCACGGCGAUUGGGGAAGACGGCGCCGAGGUCCAGCGCACGGAACACAAGCAUUUCUUCCUUCUCGAAGUUGCGUACAAGAACCGCCGCCCUAAGGAGAUGGCCACCAUGGACACGAUGGACGAGGUUUUCCUGAAGGCGGGACUUGCUCUGCUCAUAGCACAUGAAGAGGUGUGGGAACAUGAUGGUGCCCCAGCAGGCGAUGGGGGCCUCGACGUCUUCCACGUGCAUGACUCCGAGUGGGUUCGCCCGGAGGCGAUGGCCCCCAACCGGUCAUGGUACUCCAGUUUCUUUACGUGGGUUGCAGGCGCUUCUGCGGUCCCCGGCUGCACGCGCCUGAGCAACAAGCGCGCGGUCGAGAACCAUUUGCCCUUGAUGGACGAAGCCUGUCCCACGAUCUCCAUCUGCUCGGCUUUGAGAGGGAGAGGUUGGAAAGCGGUCGAGAGGCGGGUGGAGCACGGCAGCGCCGAGGUCGGCGAGUAUGAUUCCUUCGCGGCCGUGAAGAUGAAAUCGUAUUACCAGGCCCUCCUCACGUUGCCUGCGUGCUUGCCCCUGGCGUCUCGCAUUCCAAGCCGACAGCCUAUAUUGUUCUACAAAUUGCUCCUUGCAGGUGUCCGAGUGGAGCCUGGCCAGGGCAACGAGUCGUACCUGUCCCGCUGGAAGCGCGUCAGCGGGCAGCCUGGUCGCGACUUGGCCCCUCUUCCACCGCCCAGUCAUCCGCCCGUCUGCAACGGCGAAGACGACGACGUUUUCGCCCCCCUCAUGCCGUCCGCGGGGCCGGUUGCAAAGAGAAGGAAAACGCAGGCGGUUCCUAUCGGCACCGGAGGGGCAAAUUCGGGCAGCGCUGGCGCCGCGGCCCCGCCGCCGCCAGCAGUUGGAGGCCAUGAUGGCGCUCAGCCCGCUGCUGCGGGCCACGGCGGCGUCGCCGGGCACGCCGCUGGCGGGGAUGACGAUGUCAUGGUGCCCGCCGCUGCUGGGCCACAUGGCGUCGACGCGCUUGCGUUGGUGCCCGUCGGGGCGGCCGCGGGACCUGCCAGGGCCAGGCGGGAAGCCAUCAGGCCGUUUUCCGUUGGCCUCGACGGCGUCGAAGUGAGAUAUGACGAUUAUGUUGGCCCGGACCCAGCCGCGAGCUGGUCUCCGAACUGGAUGUUGAAGUGCCCGAGGCAUCCUAGAUGCUUCAAGAAGCGGCACGUCACCGAGCGCAGUACUGCCAAGCAUGGGGAUAUAGAGCCGUUAGCGUAUCUACACGCAUGGAUCUCCGUGGAGCCUGAAGAGGGCAAAACGCACCCGCAGAAAAACCCACCAGCAGCAGAUGUCGACAAUUUUGCGUCUCUUCGUGGCGCAGAGAUUGCAGAGGUGGUGCGGCGCGUGGUGUGA